UCAAUCCAAUAUUGAUAUAAGCCUACAAAGGAGGAAAAGGAGUCCCACUCCGCUAGCGUUCAACACUCAUCUCUCCACCCACGCGCGGUAUUCGAUUCUUCUCUCCCUCUCCCUCUCCCUCGAUUUCCUCGUUCCUCUUCCCGAUCCAUCUUCUCAUCUUCCAAUUCAACAACCAAUGGCCACCGCUACCGAUAACCCUAAUCCCAACCCCACCCCCACCAACCCACCGCAGCAGGACCAAAACCCUAACAAAACCCUAGACCCUGCCCCUGCCACCGCCCAUUCCGACGCAGAUCCUUCCGUUCCACCUCCUUCUGCCGACAACAACAACACCACCGCACCUGAUUCCAAGGAUGCUCCACUGCCGUCCGACGCCGCAAACGAUGCUCCUCUCUCCGAUAUUCAGAAGAAGAUUCGCCGCGCUGAGAGGUUCGGUAUCUCCGUCCAGCUCUCCGAGAAAGAGAAGCGUAAUUCCAGAGCUGAAAGCUUUAAUUAUUGCAGGUUUGGCACUGGGUCCACUACGGUACAUGACGAAUUUCUGCUUUGCAGGUUUGGGAUGCCAAGUCCAGCUUCAUCUGCUGAUGAAGAGGCAAAGAAGAAAGCACGACUCGCCAGGUUCGCCCCGGCUUCCAAGGUUGACCCCGUUGAGGAAGAUAAAAGGAAAGCAAGAGCAGAAAGGUUUUCAAAUCAGUCAUCAGGUUCUCUAACUCAAGUGAAUGGCGAGGGGAAGAUCGAGCCUCAGAAGGCUGCUAUUGCAGGAAAAGCUGGAGGAGGAGCCUGACUGGCAAGCUGCCUCCUUUACCGUAGGAAAUUUUCUUUUUUAGCUUAUAACAGUUUGAGAUUCCCAGUGUCCUCCACACCUCAGAUGCAUCUAUCAUUCAUUUGUGAACUGCUGCCUUCCUCUAAGUCAUGCCAAAGAUUGAACUUGCCUGAAGAAGCUUCCUUUUGUUUCUUGUGUUUGUUUACUAGGUGACAUCUUUGGGUAAUUAAUGGCCAUCUUCACAGUGUUACUUAUCUUAAAUUCAAUAGACUAAAACUUUGGAAUCUACAGCCUAGAGUUUUUCCUUUUGAUAUUGAAGGUUUUGCUGAAAGGAAGGUAUUUCAUACUUAAUGUCAUCUGUAUCCAUUCUACCAAACUUAUCACUGUGCUAGAAGUGUGGACCAAGCUGGUUUUGUUAACUAGCACCUUGCUGAUCCAGAAUCUGCUGACGAAAUGAUAGGGUUUCUUGCAUAGUUUGUCUUUGGAGAGCUAGGAUAGAUCUAGAAAUUGUUCCUUAAAUAUAACAUUGCUUGAAUAAUAUAGGAUGAUCCUUUUAUGCUAAAAAGUAAACUGAUUUCCUUGGGUAUUCUUAGGGGUUGAUGAUAUUAAAUCAUUAAUUGGAGUAAUAUCCGUUAACUUUUACUUCUUUUUAGAUGGUGACAGGUAUAUCUCUCAUUAAAUAAAAUUAGGAAAAGGAAAAAAAGAGAUCAGAAAACAUAUGGUUAGUGAUGACGGUUGCAUUUUGAAAUGCAUAUAUUUGUAUGACAUGCAUAUAUAGUUGUCAUGUUUAGAUGUUAGUAGAGAGUAGUGAGUGAUUGGAGUGAAUGCAUUAUGUUUUUUAUGCUAUUAUAUUUUAUUUAGAGCUAUUUCAUUCAUUUUCUGGAUCAGUAGAAAUGUUGGAAUAUUGCGUUCCUGCUACUAUCUUCUGGCACUCGUGCAAAAAAUGGUAAGUCGACUCUCAAGUUAAAGUUUUUUAAGUGUGUUUUGAAACCGUUUUAAGGAGGCUUUAACAAGGCUGUAGUUCCCAAUUUUUUAAUCUAUGCAUUUAUCUAGUGAUAAGUAAACCCUUUGAAGAUGGCUUGAUUUUGUGCCAAAACUUAGAAUUGUACAAUCUUAGGGCUGAAUGUGGAGGGAACGCGUCGAUUUUUUUUUUUUCACUUGAUUAUAAUUAUUACCAUGUAAUUUAUAUUUAAGCUUUUUGCUUUGCUAUAGUUGAGUUGCGUUUUUCCUUUUGCUAGCUGUUAAAGUAUAUAUCUGGGGGAAUCGUUAUAUUCUGUUAGUUUCGUAUUGCAAACAAUUUCUUGUACUCUAUUGCAUAUUAUUACUAUGAAAAAAUGGAUAACAUUUCCGCCGAA